CUGCCUCCCAAGUUUUCUUCCUUCUUUUGACAGGGUUUCUCUUUGUAGCCCUGGAUGUACUGGAACUCUUAGACCAGCCGGCCUUGAGCCCCUCUUUUCCCCCCCCAGUGCUGGGAUUAAAGGCACAUAUCACUGCCCUCCCAGACCAAGUUUUUUUUUUUUUUUUUUACUGUCACCUUUAUUUUGAAAUUACUUUCUUUGGGUGAUGAUGAAUGCAUAGAACAAGAUACUAAAUACUCAACAUUCCAGGAGUCUCAGCUGAUGCCACCCAAGCCCAGGGCCAAGCGACAGGCGGCCUCAGGAGGGGCAGCAGGCUCAGUCAGGGCUGGAGGGCUGGAGGGCCCGGCAGCCCACAGCUCCCUAGCGCCAGCUCUGACCUCCCCACGCAUUGCUGUGUGUCCCAUACAGACGCACACGUGUGCAGGCAAAAUGCCCGUUCACAUAGGAAAAUCAAAAUCUCUGGAUGGGAGGAGUAGCAGCAGGGGGUUAAAACCUUGGGAGCCCGAGUGAGAUGGCCCGGGAUCAGGAUGUGACUCAGGUGGAAGACACUCUGGGGACAGGGCUCCCAGCUCAGCCAUGCCCCAAGCAGACCACGUGGGGAGCAAGGUUCCUGGGAAACAGGGCCAAAGAAUUCAGAUACUCAGACCACCUUAGGGAAUCUCUUGGGGGUGUGGCAGGGCCAUCCUGAGGAAGGAAGGGAGCCAGCUCACGUUUAGAGCAUCUUCCUGAUCCUCUUUGGGUUGAUGCAAUUGUCUCCGCAUGGGGUCAGGAACCAGGAUAUACUGGCUUCUCCUCACCAGGGUGGCUCCCCAUGGAAUUCCUUAGAUGUCACUCCCUGGGAGGUCCCUGAGGCCCGAAGAGCAGCCUGCGAGGUCCAGGGGGCAGGGGAGGGGCCCUGGGGCCGGGAUGCUAGUCUAGGGGGUGCUAGCUGACCCAGGCGUCCUGCUUUCGCCUGUAAUCACAAAGCUUCCCCACGCGGGCUGUCCUGGCUUCCGGUAACUACGAGGAUGAAAGACAGCCUUACCCGUGAUUAUGAAGAUGACAGGUGGGUCCUGACUGGGAAAGGGAAGUGUGAGAACAGGGAGGAGCCUCCUGGGGUCCAAGCCACUGAUAGGGAAACCUGGCUGCUGGGACCAGGGCUGGGGGACUGAAAAGAUGCUGCCGGCAGGCUUUUAAUAAACGGGUUUGACCAGUCAGGCCCAGAUGGGGACUCCUCACGUCAGCGGGCCGGCCCCUCCCCACCAGCUGGCCGCCUCCUCUGCUAUAAAGCUCUUGGGUUCCAAGCACCUAGAGUGAGAGAGAGUACCCCGCCUCGGGGGUCCAGUAGACAGCCACGAUGCCCGCCUGGAAGCUGCUGGGGCUCCUGGUCCUUUGCCUGUGUGCCGGAGGCAUCUCGGGCAGUGGAGACCCCUCUCCCAGGCCCACAGACACCCAAGAAGAGGAGGAUUCUCCGCCAUUGCCUCUGGGCCCCCCAAUCCCCGGUGACCCCUGGCCAGGGGUACCUCCCGUGUUUGAUGAGCCUCCACCUCCAGGCUCCAACCGCCCCUGGAGAGAUCUGCCUGAUGCUGGUGCCUGGCCCCCGGAGCCCCCUAGCACUGAUCCCCCUCACCCUCCUCUGCCUGAUGACCCCUGGCCAGCAGGAACGCAGCCCCCAGAAAACCCCUGGCCACCCGCCCCUGAGAUGGGCCACGGAUCUCAGGAGGAACCAGACCUUGACCCACCCCAGGAAGAGUACCGAUAGGGAGGAGCCAGGGAACUCCACCGAGCGCACCCAAGCCCCCUCUCUCCUGCGCGGACCCUUAGAGACUCAGGUUUUCCCGCUUUCCUAGCUCCCUUGCUCAGGCUCUGGUUGUGCACUGUGUUCAAGUGUGUGCGUCCUGCACCCCCAGUUCACCUUGAGGUCCGUGUGCAGCCGUCACGUUGCCCCUCUUCUUUUCUUGGUCCCCAGAAGGCAAGCACCCCACCUGCUGCAUCCUCUUCCCAGGGCGGAGCGCUCUGCACUCCCUGCUGCCAUCUGGUGGCCUCAGCUGAGAACUGACAGUUGACCAGGACGGUGCUUCCGAUGGAAAAAUAAAAGCCACGGUUCCU